AUAACACCAAACAUUGUUGUCCCUGCAUUCGAGAGUUCCCUACCUUACUAUUCAACAAGCACAACUGUGAUCAAUAACUUCAACAGGCUGCGAUAUACUUUAGGGUUUGAUGUUCCAGAUCCCAAACAUUUAUAUAGAGUAUCGCAUCCACCAAGGUCGAUUAAAAAGGUAUUAAUCAUUGGGGUUCAUGGUUUCUUCCCCACAAAAGUUAUACGUCCCUUAAUUGGUGAGCCUACUGGAACAUCCAUCAAGUUUUCUACUGAAGCUGAAAAGGCUGUUUGGAGGUGGGCAAAACGUGAAAAUUUAUCUAUAACAGUUCAAAAGAUUGCUUUGGAAAGAGAGGGAAAGAUAUUUGACCGUGUGGAAUUCUUUUAUGAAGUAUUAAAGAAGUGGCAGAAGGAUGUAGAGUCUGCUGAUUACAUAUACUUUGCAGCUCAUUCACAAGGUUGCCCAGUCAGCAUCAUCCUUCUUGGCCGUCUGGUUGAAGAUGGUAUCAUAACCACGAAGGAUAAGAAAAUAUCGAUGUUGUUGAUGGCUGGUAUCAACAAUGGUCCUUUCUAUGGUGUUGACCAAAAAUUGUUUGUCAGGGCAUAUUCAACAAUUGAGAAUGAUUCCUUGAUGGAGCUUUUCCAGUUUCAGAAUUUCGAUUCAGUACAUUCGAAAGAAUUCUUGAACGCCCUGAAGAUUGUGAUUAAACGAAAUAUCAAACUUACAUUUGUUGGAUCUAUAAACGAUCAGCUUGUCCCAUUAUACUCUUCGACUUGUCUCCAUGUUCGUCACCCUAAUAUUUUCCGAGCAACUUAUAUCGAUGGUUCAUCAAAAACACCAUCAUUUGUGUCUCGCUCGGUGUCCAUGUCCAACCACCUACACAACAUAGGUCUUUCUGAUCAUGGUGUAGUAAAGGAGAUAUCUAACGUAUUGGCUGGUCCGUUGACUGGAGGUGGACAUUCUACCAUCUAUAACGACCCGCAAGUAUACGACUUAGCAUUGAACUUUUCCCUAUACACUAAUGAUUUGAAGUAUGAUAUACCGUUGCAUUUCAAGCCAUAUAUCAUUGAGCAACUGGGAACAAACCCUUACCAUUUACCAUGGUGUAUGCGUGGUCUUCUCCACGAGGCCCGUACAAACUUACCUGGUGCUGAGAAAGAAAUUGAUGAGUUAUUGAGUGAGUUCGAAGCGUGGAAACCAGAAACCAAACAACUAAAGGACAUGAAAUACAGAUUAAACGGCAUAAAGAGCAAACUU